AGCUCCUAAAACCCGGUUCUGGUUUGCGCAAAUUUGUAGGGUUCCAGAAAUCAGUAACUUCGAACCCCCAAACCUCCGUGCAAAUGGAGAGUGCCUUCGCGAGUGCUUCCGCAAUCGGCGAUCAACGCCAAAAGAUUGAAGAAUACAAACAUAUUCUUUCAUCAGUAAUCGCGUCCAACGACGUAGUACAAGCCAAAAAGUUCAUUGAUCACAUUCUUUCGGAUGAUGUUCCGUUGGUUGUAUCAAGACAGCUGCUACAGACAUUUGCACAAGAGUUGGGGAGGUUGGAGCCUGAGAAUCAAAAGGAGAUCGCUCAUUACACGCUUCAUCAGAUUCAGCCUCGUGUUGUAUCAUUUGAGGAACAGGUUCUUGUUAUUCGAGAGAAGCUUGCAGAGUUGUAUGAGUCAGAACAGCUAUGGUCAAAAGCAGCACAGAUGCUCAGUGGCAUCGAUCUUGACUCUGGAAUGAGAGUGAUUGAUGAUAAGUUUAGGCUGACAAAAUGUGUGCAAAUUGCUCGUCUAUACCUCGAGGAUGAUGAUGCUGUGAAUGCAGAGGCUUUUAUCAACAAAGCUUCUUUUUUGGUUAGCAACAGUCAGCAUGAAGUAUUGAAUUUACAGUAUAAGGUUUGUUAUGCAAGGAUACUUGAUUUAAAAAGGAAGUUCUUGGAAGCUGCACUUCGCUAUUAUGACAUUUCACAAAUUGAAAAGCGCCAAAUUGGAGAUGAAGUGAUUGAUGAAGAUGCACUUGAACAGGCUCUAGCUGCUGCAGUGACCUGCACAAUUUUGGCUGCUGCUGGUCCUCAGCGGUCUCGUGUUCUUGCAACUUUGUACAAAGAUGAGCGAUGCUCAAGGUUAAAAAUUUAUCCAAUUUUGCAAAAGGUGUAUUUGGAAAGAAUAUUGAGGAAACCUGAGAUAGAUGCAUUUUCUGAAGAACUGAAAGCACAUCAGAAAGCAAUUUUACCAGAUAAUGUUACUGUUCUUGAUCGUGCAAUGAUUGAACAUAAUCUCUUGAGUGCAAGCAAGCUCUAUACAAAUAUAAGCUUUGGUGAGCUUGGCACACUACUGGGCAUUGCUCCUCAUAAGGCAGAAAAAAUUGCAUCAAGAAUGAUUUGUGAAGAUAGAAUGAGGGGGUCUAUAGAUCAGGUAGAAGCAGUUAUUCAUUUCGAGGAUGAUAAUGAAGAACUUCAGCAAUGGGAUGAACAGAUUUUUGGACUUUGUCAAGCGUUGAAUGAUGUUCUGGACACAAUGGCCAAGAAGGGCUGGAAAGCUUUUAAUAAUGGAGAAAAGGCAUUAUUAUUUUGA